AUGGUCGUGGGGCCUCCUCUGGACCUGCUGCAGCGUCAGUUACAGGCCUGCUGCUGUAGUAACCUGAAAGUGGCAUGCUAUGCAGUCAAAUUUCAGCUGAAUCAGGAGGCAAUGAGAAUGUUGGCUCAGGUCGGCCGGGUCCAGCGCCACUACGGUGAUGUCUCCAUAGCAACAGCCAAACCACAUCAUCUGAAACCAGAGGAUGGUAGGAUACAAGCAUCAAUGUGCUGCAUUAAGUUCUUACCUCACAGAGGAAGCCUGCCGGGUGACAGCACAGCAUUGGCGUUUGGAAAGCUGCAUGUUAUUGGUAGCUUCAGCAGCUCAGAAGAGGACCUAACGACCCCACCUGAGUGCUCCUGCUGUGAGUUGUGGGCGGGGUUAGGCUACCUCAGGAGCUCACCUAGGUUAAUAGACUUCAGUGGCAGCUGCAUCAUGGUCUUCCCAAACAGGCCAGUGUUGGAGAGGCUUCAAGAUAAAUUGACAAAUAUAUUGUGUGGGGAUUUUUCAUCGUGGUAUCUGUCACCUUACCUUCUGUCUUUCGUCCUGUCCAUCACUUGGUUGCUAGGAGACAUGGAAGGCCCAUGGCGGAGUCAAGGUUCCUGCCGCGUCGACCCUGUGUCCAUGUCAAUGCCGGUCACAUGGCAGCCAUCAAAGAACGGGGAGCAUCUGAUUGGUCGGAUUGUUCUGAACAAGAGGAUGAAGGAUGGAACGGUUCCUGCGGAUACAGGGGCUCUGCUGGGACUCAAGGUGGUGGGCGGUAAAAUGACGGAGUCGGGUCGUUUGUGUGCGUUCAUCACCAAAGUAAAGAGAGGAAGUCUGGCUGACACUGUGGGACACCUAAAACCAGGGGAUCAGGUUCUGGAGUGGAACGGUCGAGUUCUUCAAGGAGCCACUUUUGAUGAAGUUCAAAACAUCAUUUUGGAUUCUAAAUUGGAGCCACAGGUGGAGCUGGUUGUGUCCAGACAGAUCAAAGAUGCUUGCAAAGCCCCAGUCGGUUCUCAUGUCCAGCUGGAGUCCAAUUCCAGUUUCUUCGACUCUCAGAACUUUGGCCCGUCCUUCUCUGUUGCUUCUCCCAUGAUUCAUGGCGUUGUGUCAGGGCAGGUCUCUGCUGUAAGCAGGCGUCCUUUGGUUCCCAGGAUUCAGAUGAAACUAUGGUAUGAUAAAGUCAGUCACCAGCUGAUUGUCACCAUUCUUGGAGCCAAAGACCUUCCUGUCCAUGAGGACGGACGCCCGCGGAAUCCAUAUGUCAAAAUCUGCUUUCUGCCAGACAGGAGUGAUAAUAGCAAGCGGCGAACAAAGACAGUGAAGAAGUCGUUGGAGCCGCGUUGGAACCAAACCUUUAUGUACUCUGCAGUCCACCAACAAGAGAUCAGAGAGCGAAUGUUGGAGAUCACAGUGUGGGACCAGGCUCGAGUACAGGAAGAGGACAGCCAGUUCCUUGGCGAGGUACUGAUCCAGCUGGAUUCAGCCCUGUUGGAUGAUCAGCCUUACUGGUACAAACUGCAGACCAACAAUGCUUCCCUAGUGCCACUGCACAGUGCCUCCCCCUACCUACGGCAAAGAGUACUGCAUCCAGAACACACAGCCAGAAGACUACAGAGGUCUCAGCGAAUUGCUGACAGUAAUUUUUCAGACUUGGACUUUGACGAUGGCACUGGAGUGAUAUCAGAAUACAAACGGAAUGGGCGGGACUUACAAAGCUCCACCUUCUCGAUUCCAGAGCAGGCGAUGUUGUCUGGUCACUACUUUCAAUCAGACUUGAGCAAGAUGAAGUCACGGUCGCUGAGUCAGCCGCCUCUUCACAGUGCUAACCCUCUGUACCCACUAUAUCGGGAGGAUGCUGUGCAGUUGUUGCGUGGCACUAAGAUGAGUCGAGCAUACUCUGACGCCGGGCCGUACAGCAGCCUGGACAGGAGACAACUGAGGAGAAUGUCUUUGGCUACACCUCUUGAAUUACAAGAAAGUUCUCCGUAUUUCUGUUUCUUCAGCCACAAUGCCUUCUCAGUCCUCCCCCAUGUUCCUGGUGCCUUUGAGGAUGAACUGCUCAGGGUCAACUCGUGGAGUGGAUCAGCUCAGAUAAGUCCAACGGGAACUCCGGUCUGCAACCGAGGAGGACGUCGACUGCCUAUCAUCCCCCCCAAAGCAGCACCAGAAGGAGUUUUGGCCACACCCAGCAGAGGAACACCUGUUCCAGCAGGAGCUGCUCCUGCCCAUCAUCAGGCCUCUGCUCCUCUACACCGACAAGUUCCUCCAGUUAAUCAGCAACCACCACUUCCCUCAAUACGAAUCCAGGCCCCACCUCACACUGGAGCCUCACAAUCCCAGCUUGGGUCUCCGGCCACUGCGUCGAGCUUAGCUCUUGCACAUCCUGUAGCUGCCCCGCCGUCAGGCCCUGCUCAUCCUCCGUCUGUCCAACCACCGACCCCUGCACAUACUGCAGCUGCCCUGCCCUCAGACCCUGCACAUCCUGUAGCUGCCCCAACCUCAGUCACUGCACAUCCUGCAGUUGCCCCUCCCUCAACCCCUGCACAUCCUACAGCUGUCCAGCCACCAGUCCCUGCACUUUCUACACCUGCCCUGCCCCCAUCUCCUGCACAUCCUACAGCUGUGCCGCCCGCUGCUCCUGCACAUCCUACAGCUGCUCUGCCCGCCGCUCCUGCACAUCCUACAGCUGCUCUGCCCGCCGCUCCUGCACAUCCUACAGCUGUGCCGCCCACUGCUCCUGCACAUCCUACAGCUGUGCCGCCCACUGCUCCUGCACAUCCUACAGCUGUGCCGCCCACUGCUCCUGCACAUCCUACAGAUGCCCCACCUCCAGCUUGUGCUCAACCUCCAGCUAUUGCUCCUGUUCCACUGCCUGUUGCUGCUUCUGUCCCAACCCCAGCUCCUGCAGCAUUUCACCCAACAGAUUCUCAGUCCAAACCUCUACUUGCUGAAGUCCAGUCACAGCCGCCUCUUAAACCAACAUCUACAUCUGAACCUGCCGUCUCACCUACACUACCUCCAGAGACUCCAGAGCCGGAGAGACACUCUGCUACACCUGGCGGGACGAGAAAGGAGGUCACAUGGGAGGACCAGAAGAGAAAAGCAGCCAUGGGUGUAAUGAGAGAGCUAUUAAAGAUGAAGGACAGCUCAACAUUUAAAUCAUCUGACAGUGACAUCAGUGAUGUUUCAGCCCUGUCCAAUGCCUCUGACAGCCGUUCUGUGCACAUAGUGAGUCGGGUGGAAGCCCUGGAGACCCAAUCAGUUGACUCAGUGUGGGAGGAAGUAGAAGGCUCACAGGAAGCUGAGCAACCUGAGACGGGAGUUUCAUUGCAGAAGAGCGACUCAGUGGAGGAAGGAGAAGAAGAACCAGAAAGCACAAAGGCGGCUUCAGGGUCCAGCGCUCCUAUUGCCAAGUCAUCCAGUGUUGGUGGUGAGAUCUGCUCAUUGGGGAGGGAUGAUGAUGAUGAUGACAAGAAACGGCGCUCCAGCUUUGGAGCAAGGGUGAUGGGAAUGGUGGGUCUGGGAAAGAAAAGCCAAAGUAUGUCGCAGCUCAACCCUGAGGAGGAGGAGAAGAAGAAGAAGGUGGUCAGACUUCCAGUUCAGAGAAGCAUAGAAACUGGACUGGCUAUCGAGUUUAAGUCUCGUUUCACCAGACAGCCAAGCCGUGACCUGGAUGCUGAGGACCCCAAACCUGGAGCUCUCAUAUUUCCAGGAGUCAAGUUGGCAUCAGAGAAACAGUUCACUGGCUUCCUGGAAGGCUUAGGCCCCGCCCAGCUGGCAGGUCGUCAGACUCUGGCCACGCCUCCUAUGGGUGACAUUCAGAUCGGGAUGGUGUACCGGAAGGAGCGUCUGGAUGUGGAGGUGAUCCGAGCCCGCGGGCUUUUGGGUAAACAAGGCAACAAGAACACUCCAGCGCCCUACGUGAAGGUCUACUUGAUGGAUAAUGGGAAGUGUGUCCUGAAGAGGAGGACCAGGCUGGCUAGGAAGACCCUGGACCCGCUUUACCAGCAGCAACUUCAGUUUGAAGAAAACCCUGAAGGCAAAGUUCUGCAGAUCAUCGUUUGGGGCGACUACGGCCGGAUGGACCACAAAUCCUUCAUGGGUUCCGCUCAGAUUUUACUUGACGAUCUGGACCUGUCCAACAUGGUGAUUGGCUGGUUCAAACUGUUUCCUGCCACAUCACUGGUGGAUCCUGCCUUGGCACCACUGACCAAUAAGGAGACCGAGGGAAGCAAAUCAUAGGAGGGAAGAAACUCUCAGACUUUUCAAAGAUGAGCAUGGUGAGGACUGAGAACCUCGGUGGGCUGAUUGACAUGGAUUGUGGUCCAGGUUUCUACGCAAACACGAAAAUCAGAACUUUGAAAGCUGAUGUGUUGAGCCUGGUUCUGAAAGGUUCCAGCAUCAAUGUGGCUCCAUGGUUCUGAUGGACUUUCUCAAGGAGUUCCUCAGGGUUUCAAUCCCACAUCUGUUCCCUCACCUCUUAAACGUCCUCUGGUCUUCCAGUGGGUUUGUUUGUCUUCAUCCUUCACUUGGGGCUCCAUCAGCUGAAUUUUCUUCAUUCAGAAACUUUGUUUCCAUCCUUUGAUUGUAUCAUCUUUUAUCUUAACCCCUUCCUCGCCUUGUUCCUGACAUUUAGUCCCCUCCUCCAGGACCUGUCUUGGUUCCUCCCACUAACUUUGUUUGCUGCUGAUCCAGUUCUGACAUUUCCCAAAUGCGGGACUAAUUAAAGGACGAUCGUCAUAUCUUUAAUGAAUGAUCUGGUUCAGCCGAUCUAAUUAAAGUUAAACUGGAAAACAGCAAUGUAAUUCUGGCGUAUAAUUUGUCAGAU